UUAGCAGUGUGUAAACAAGCGAGUCAUAUGAACCCAUUCCUACACUUGAAGUGUGAAACUGUCCCGUUUAUAAAAGUAUAAAUGGUGGGACGUCGCGAGGGAAACUUGCGCAUUUAACGGCCCGAGCUGCGGUCUGUGUGUGGCCGCCAUGCCUUAUCUGGGCAGCGAGGACGCGGUGAGGGAGCUGAGGAGAGCUCUGUCCAACCCCAACGUCCAGUCCGACCAGCUGCGCUACAGGAACACCAUCCUCAAAGUCAUCAGGGCGAUGUCACAGGGUGUGGAUGUAUCAGGCCUGUUCAGUGAGAUGGUGAAAGCCUGUGCCACAGUGGACAUAGUCCAGAAGAAGCUGGUCUAUGUCUUCCUGUGUUCCUAUGCCGCUUUGAACCCAGAGCUGUCUCUGCUGGUCAUCAACACGCUGAGGAAAGACUGUCAGGACCCAAACCCCAUGGUCCGCAGUCUGGCCCUGAGGAACAUGACCAACCUCAGGUUACCCAGUCUGGUGGAGUACGUGGAGCAGCCUCUGACAGCAGGACUGAGGGACAGAGCAGCUUGCGUACGACGUGUGGCUGUUCUCGGUUGGGCCAAACUACAUAAUCUCCAACCCAACUCUGAGAUAGAUGCUGCAGUGGUGAACGAGCUGUACGGCCUGCUGAGGGACCCCGACCCGGUGGUGAUGGUGAACUGCCUCCGAGCUCUGGAGGAGAUCCUGAAGGAGGAGGGAGGAGUAGCGAUUAAUAAGCCUAUCACCCAUCACCUCCUCAACAGGUUGAAGGAGUCAGAUGUUUGGGGUCAGUGUGAGGUGCUGAGGAUCCUCCAGCGUUACCGUCCCCAGUCAGAGGACGAGCUGUUUGACAUCCUGUCCCUGCUGGACGCCUCUCUGGUCAGCCCCCACCCCUCUGUCAUGGCGGCUACCCUCAGCCUCUUCCUCGGCCUCUGCUCCGGACUGCCUGCCGUCAGCCUGGCGGCCCUGGAGAGAGUACGGGGACCCCUGCUGGCCGCCUGCGGGAGCGCCGCGUCUAGAGAGACGAGGUUCACUGCCCUCUGCCACAUACAGCUGCUCCUGCGUUCUCUCCCUGGCCUGAUGGGGGCGCACUACAAACGUUUCUUCUGUGGCUACGCUGAGCCAGCCUUCAUCAAGCAGAGGAAGAUGCAGGUGCUGGUGGAGCUGGUUAACGAUGACAAUGUAGCAAUGUUACUGGAUGAGCUGAAAGGAUACUGCACUGAUGUCAACACUGAAACUGCCCAGGCUGCAAUCUCAGCUAUAGGUCGUAUUGGACGGAGCUACAGCGACAGAUGUCUGGAGAUCCUUACUGGACUGCUUGGGCUCAAACAGGAGCACAUCACUUCUGCGGUGGUGCAGACGAUGCGUGACCUGGUCUGGGUGUGCCCUCAGUGCAGCGACACUGUUUGUUUGGCUCUAGAGGGCUGCGAGGAGACGCUGCAGGAUAGCCAGGGCAGGCAAGCCUUGCUGUGGUUGCUGGCUGUGUAUGGGGAGCGAGUCUCCAGCGCCCCCUACACAUUGGAGGUGUUCAUUGAUGGAGUGAGGAGCGAGGUCUCUCUGGGAGUCAAGAUGGAGCUGCUGACGACCACCAUGAGGCUGUUUUUGUGCCGGCCUGCUGAGACACAAGACAUGCUCGGAAGACUGCUGCACUACUGCAUAGAGGAGGAGACGGACAUGUGCGUGCGUGACCAGGCACUUCUCUACUACCGCCUGUUGCAUUGUGGGAUAGAAGAGACGCGGAAGGUCCUCCAGGGUCGGCGGUCAGACCCUUCCCUGGGUGUUCUGAUUGGUCGCCCUGCCGAGCCCAUCAGCCAGUGGGCAUACAGCUUUAACACUCUGGAGCCUCUGAGGCAGGGCAGCGUAGAGACAGAGCCAGCCAGCAGAGGAAGCCCUGAACAUGUGACCUUUGACCCCAAGCCUAACACUGACCUCUCAGACACACUGAACUGUAGCCAAAUUGACAAAGUUCAUUCAGGCUCAGGCAGUGCCAGUGUGUGUACCUACUCCUCUGCUAAUGUCCUGGCUUCCGGCAUCACAGCCCCACUCAGUUUGUCCCUCUCCCCUGCUCUCAGCCCAGAGGAGUUUGAGCGUCUGUGGCUGCAGCGAGAGGAUUUGCAUGCUGAGCAAGGUGCUGAAAAGCUGGAAGAGGAGGAGGAUUAUGUGUGCUUGGAAGAACGCAUCCAAUGCCCUGCCAUACCUCACUGCUCACCACAAAGCCUUCAGGCUGCGAUGCAGCUGGUCAAUAUCCAGACACUGGCCUUCACGCCGCCGCACACACUCCCGUGGAGGGUCUACCUGUACACGCACACCCAGCACGCACACUCCGGCUACGCACCCGGCAGCACGCUCAUAGUCGGUGAGCUGCUGUACACUGGAGAGGCAAGUCGGAGGGUAGUAGCGGUAAAGGAAGGCACGGAGGAUCGGGAUGGGGAUGCGGCAGAAGACGGAGAGGACGCUGGGCAAAAUGGGAGAGAGUUCGUGAGAAAAGAUGGGGAAGAGGAGGAAGUAAAAGUGACUGUUAAACAGCAGCCAAGAGAUGACACAGCUCUGAAGGGGUUUCUCUCCAUCCUCACCACUGUGCUGCACACAUUGUCCUUGGAGAGCAAUUAAAUAUGCACAAUGCACACAUACAAACAUUGUACUUACUAAAAAAAACAAAAACUCAGUGACCACUCUCAUUUGCCUAACCAUGACUUAAAAAAGGGCCCUAAGCAAUAGCAAAUACUGCAAGGCUCAAAUUGGACUUCAGGGAACCAGAGACAGAAGGUGCACGAAUGAGUAGUAAAAACCAACAAUUCUGUUUUCUUGUUAUUUCCUACUUUAAGAACUGAAAGAAAAUAAUGUUUGUGUUACCCGAUGGAAGUAACCACAUUACUCAUUCGCAGGAAGCUGAGCUGCACACGGCCCUGAAACGGGGAGUUAUUAUGGGUUUUAUUUGUUGUGUGUACACCUGUGAGCUGUCCUCCGAGGCUCCCAGAUGUCUAGACUUAACCCUUCAAUGUAGGAUCAGAUCUCACAGAUUGUUGUGUGGGCUGUCAUUAUAAUAGCUGGCUAAAGAUGGAUGCAUGAAGUGACCUCAAAUAAUAAAAACGUCUGGAUUCCUCCUGCUUUAUCUGUUUUAAUAAGGCACUAGCUCUGUUGCGAUAAGGCCGAUGAGUUCUUCCACUUACUACAGUGACUCUGUGGGUUGUCACACAUUGAGGACACACCUGGAGUAGACUGAGGCGGCGGCCACCUGGCGGCUUGUAGCCACGCCCCCUACAGCGUGCGUGGCCGUGGGAGAACCGGCAGAAGCGGCAGAAGCGGCAUCAGCGUUGAAACCAAGAGAAUGUGGCUUCGCAGGUUUUGAUCUAUGUGUUCUUAUUAGCGCCCGACUGCCUCCCUUUUCCGCCUAUAUGAUGCCUUUGAUUUUUCCGUUCCUUAUAAGUACAACAUAGGACGCCGGAGCCGGGUGAGUGGACUUUGAGUGGAAGUUUCUCCUUCAACAGAACCGUCACCUUCCUCAUAACGGACUACGCGAACCGGCGCCUUGUAUCCAUCCACUGACAGCUUUAGCAUGUGCGACACAGUUGGUUAACUCUUAUAUGUUCUUGCUUUGUUUAGGAAUAUUUAGUUUGUUUUUUGUGGUGUUUUUUGGGUUGUUUUUUUUAAUGAACUACCUCAUUACUGUGUUAUUAACCAGGCUGUGCACAUAUAACGUUACAGUUAGACGUAGCGUUUGGCUACUUAAUAUCUAACCGAAACGACGUAAGUUAAAUAAAGUGUCGGAAACGUGCAACAGAUCUCUUACUUACGUACCUAAGAGAAACCGAUAGGAUUUUUAUGGUGUGUUUUUUUUGUAUUUUGAAUAGCCAAUCCAUGUAGAUACUCUCAAUAAUAACCAAUAUUACAACUGUAUGUGUCCUCUAAUGUAAUCCUCUAGGCCAUCCCAUAAAAACUCAACUGUUGGACCAGCUGCAGUUUUUCUUGUUUAGUUAGUAGCCUCGUUGUAUUGUUUAAACUCGUCACAUACACACACACACUCCUGCCCUGUCAAUCGUGUUUGGUAACGUAAUCUAUCGUGACACAUGGUUUUGAUUUUAGUCAUCUGAAGUGUGGCGGAGGACUAUCAGCCUGGAUUGUCCGUAGCGGUAGGAUCGGUAAACUUCGCUGACUAAACUUCCUCU